AUGGGGACAGAAAUAGCAGAGGAUUCCAACAAUGAAUCUGCAUUUGGUAUAAAUCAUUCUUCCACUUCCAACCAUUAUUGGAUUCCGGAAUCUGGACUCGCACAGGUGACAAACAAUGCUAACAAUUCAAAAAAACCAUGGGGAAGCAUCAUGAUUAACACUAUGAUUCAGUUUUUCCUUGGGAAAAGGGAAAACCUGCUUCUUUACAGCUUUUCAUCUCAUUUGACUGCAAAUUCAUUUCUUUCAAAUUACGGUUUUCCGUCACAGGGUGGGUCCUGUACGCACAAAGCAAUCAGUGCCAUUGCUGAAAACGGAACAGAAACAUAUUACUACGUUCUGUUCUGCAUCUUUCUCUAUAACCUUUCUAUCCGACAUUUGAUGCGUUUCGCGCUUAGGCUGCUGCGUCAAUGUGCCAUUCUCUCUUUGCCUUUGCUUCUUCUCGCUGGUACUACUUCUGUCCCAGAUCGCAUUUGCUUCAUUUUAAAUGCUGACUGA